AUGCAGGGCACUGCUGUUCAAUUUCCUACCCAAUCUCCUUCCGAUUCGAUACUCUCCACGAAUCAUUCGCAAGAAUUGUCCACAAAAUCCCUCAAUCAUAAAUUAGAGAUGCAACCAAGGAGACAGCGAUCACUUUCAAAGACUCAACUUAACUAUAACCCGAUAAACAGCACGUCAAUUGAGCUGUUAAACUCCCCACCUCCACCACAUGUAACAAAUCAAAAUACGACAGGUAGCAUCAAAAGAUUCCCACAAGAUGGAACUAAUUUUGAGUUGAAUAAAGCAUCAGCUAAAGAUAGUGACACUGGAGGUGACAAGGAGAUGCUUUCCUCGAUGGUUUCGGAAUCAUCUUCACAUUCAGAACCCUUGUCCUCAUCAAUUUCAAAAGAUAAACAAUGUAAGCAGGUCGCAAAUUUAAAAACGUUUGUGCAUGUGGUGAAAUUGGCCUCCUACGAGAAACCGGAGGAAUAUUUAAAAAUUCUCGCCGUCCCAGAGUCUCCUGAUUCAUUGAAAAUUGGCCGUCAGAAUAUGCCAAAGGCAACUAAUAAAAUUACUGAUGGCUUCUUUGAUUCACGAGUCUUAUCGCGUAGCCACGCAGAACUUUUCGUCAGGGAUAAUAAGCUAUACAUUAGAGAUUUGAAGUCAUCAAAUGGAACCUUUAUAAAUAACAAGAAGUUAGAUCCUCAUAAGGAUUAUGAGCUGAAAGUUGGUGACAAGCUGGACUUGGGUACUACUUUGGAAAGUCAGGUGGCUCAUAAAAAGAUUACAUGUGUCAUUUCUGAGUUCAAUUAUGUUACUUUACUUGAUUACAGAGAUUUUGUGAAGAGAGUUUUAGAGAAAGAUGAUCUGGCAUCAAAGAGGUUGCAGUUAUUUAACAGCACUGUCGAUGCACUUAUAUUCGGAGAGCUAGUGGAUGAAAGGCAAGAAAACGACUCGUUGCUGGCGUUGCUUGGGAAUUCUUCCAAAGAUGAUGAAAAUGAUCCUGAGAGUUCAACAAGUGGCAUUAUGAAACGCGAUUCAGUUAAUAAGAAACAAGUCCCAAUUGGUACGAAUGUUAAAGAGAACAAUCCAACCUUUGUAUCGGAUUUGAAUAUUAAGCCAUCUAGCAGUAUGCAGGAUAUUAUUAGAAAACUGGCCAUAGCAGUUAAUAACGAAUAUAUUCAACAGCAAAGGUUAAAGCAGAUGAAUUCAUUUAUGGAAAAUUACAGUUUUUUGUGUUCCCAAAAUUUGAACCCGCUCCCGGACAAGAAAUGUAAUACAUUGAAGGAACGUAAUUUUGGUGAUACUGAUAUGUCCGAACUUGGAAAAUUGAGAAGACAAUUCAAAUAUUUGGAAGAAGAUUCCUCAUGGAAAGACAACAUUAUUCGGCAUUACCAAAGGAUCGAGGAGAAAUUACGACAGCAGUUGAAGGAGAAGAGAGAAAAUGAAGGAAUGAUGGAGGAGUACAGGGAGGCUGAAAGGAAAUACAGAAAUGAUAUAUCUGAUCUUGAGAAAAGCUUAGAGACACAGAAGGAACAUACGAUAUUGUUGAAACAAGAAGAAAGCACUUUGAAAGAAGAGAAUCAGCACCACUUGACCCAAAUAGUUAAUCUUCAGGCUGAACUUGAGACCCUACAUAAGAAGCUGAAUGAUCAAGAAGAAAAGACAAAAUUGCUUGCUAAAAAAGAUGCCAAUAAAGUUGUCGAUAAGAUAACUCCUAAAGCGCAAUCAUCCGUUGGAAGAAUAAUAUUUGUUUUAUCUUUAUUGGCUCUUAUUGUUGGUAUUGUCUGGGCAUAUUACAAGCCAGGAUUUGACCUAAUCCAUAUGAAAAGAGCUGAUGUUUAA